AUGGCGAGACCCUCUCCUGCAGGAGUUGGCGGUGAUCACGCGCUGGGAGGUCCUGAGAGGCAGGCGCACAUCUGCUGCGACCUGCCCCAGCAGAAGUCAGCUGCCCUCACAGGCUGUCAAGCCCCAGAGGUGGGCGCGCCACUGGCAGGAUGGCGCUACCCUCCCCAGCAGGAGCUGCUGGUGACCGCAGGACGCAUCCAACAAGACCCCCGGGAGGUGGGAGCGAGACUGUGCGACCCACUCAGCAGAAGUCAGUUGCCCUCACUGGCCACCAAAGCCCCAGAGGCUGGCCCACAUUUUGUGGCAGCUAAUUUUAUGGUUUAUUUGUAUAAGCAAGGAUAUCUGAAUUCUCUUUCUUCAAAUAUUCAGACUCAUUGUCACUAUCAAGGAAAUGUUGAAGGAUAUCCGAAUUCUGUUGUAACACUUAGCACAUGUUCUGGACUAAGAGGAAUAUUACAAUUUGAAAAUGUUUCUUAUGGAAUUGAGCCUCUGGAAUCUGCAGUUGAAUUUCAGCAUCUUCUUUAUAAAUUAGGGAAGGAAAACAAUGAAUUUCCAAGCAUAGAUAAAUACCCAAUGGACUAUAACAUUUUUAUAAGUGAAAAAUUGGAAUCAGAUGUUCCAGAUUUAUUUCCUCUUUAUCUAGAAAUGCAUGUUGUGGUGGACAAUGCUUUGUAUGAUUACUGGGGCUCUGAUAGCAUGAUCGUAGCAAAUAAAGUCAUUGAAAUUUUGGGCCUUGUAAAUUCAAUGUUCACUCAAUUUAAAGUUACUGUUGUGCUGUCAUCAUUGGAAUUGUGGUCAGAAAAAAAUAAGAUUUCUACAGCUGGUGAGGCAGAUGAGUUAUUGCAUAGAUUUUUAGAAUGGAAACAGUCUUAUCUCACCCUAAGGCCUCAUGACAUUGCACAUUUAUUCAUUUAUAGGGAUUAUCCAAAUCAUGCAGGAGCAACAUUUCCUGGGAAAAUGUGUGUUGCCCAUUAUUCUGCAGGAAUUGCAUUGUAUUCCAAGGAGAUAACUCUGGAGGCAUUUUCAAUUAUUGUGACCCAGAUGCUGGCACGUAGUUUUGGAAUAUCAUAUGAUGACCCAAAAGAAUGUCAAUGUUCAGAAACCAUCUGUGUAAUGAAUCCAUAUGCUAUGCAAUCCAGUGGCAUGAAGACUUUCAGCACUUGCAGUUUGAAUGAUUUUAAACAUUUUGUUUCAAAUGUGGGUGCCAGAUGUCUUCAGAAUAAGCCACAACUGCAGGAUGGUGGAGGAUCUGUCUGUGGCAAUGGUGUAGUGGAUGGAGAUGAAGCCUGUGAUUGUGGAACUCCAGAA